ACAAUUCCACUCAGGAAGGGAAGGCAAGAACUAAUAAUCAAGGUGCAAGUCCCCUGAAAGCACAGUCAUGUUACUGUCCAGUGAUCCUCCCCAUAACAGCAGCCCCUGGAAGAGGUUCCUGCUCACAGCUACCCUGCUCAGCUUGUGGGCCCACCCGGGAUCUGCUCGGGUCUCCAUCGUCACCAUCCCAGACCAGCCUGUAGAAGGAGACAACGUGAGGCUGACUGCCCUGAACCUCCCAGCCCGUGUGUACAAUGCCACAUGGUACACGGGGCUCCAGGCCCAGUAUCCUGACAUGAUCACCCACUGCAUUUCCACCAGCCAGGCGGGCCCUUGUGUCCAGCACGUUGGUCCUGCCCACACCAGCAGGGAGACUUUGACAAGCUGGAACACGUUGGAAAUUGGCAAGAUCACUCCUUCUGACUCUGGCUUUUAUUCCCUGGUGCUGAACACUGACUCGGGCCCGCAGAAGGUAUCCACCUACGUCCACGUGCAGCGCACACACACUGAGUUUGUUUUAAAACCGGACAUCUCAGCCAACGUGACUGUGGCUUUGGAGUUAAAGGACUCGGUGGUCUUCACCUGUCACACCGUCGAAGACAGCUUAAGGGUCCUCUGGUAUAACGGGGGCCUGCUGCUGCAGGGGGGAGAGCGGCUGGAGCUGUCCAACAACAACAGGACGCUGACCAUUCACUCAGUGAAGCGAUAUGACCAAGGGACGUACUUCUGUAGGGUAUGGAACGAGUCUGACUACAAGACCAGUGAUACCAUCGUUCUGACCGUGAUCUAUGGACCGGGAAGUAUAGUGACGCUAUCGUAUCCACAAUCACCUCAGGGGAUUCUUGAGAGUGACCUCAACUACUCAGUGCUUCUGGAGUGUGUGACUUCGGCAAACCCCGAUCCCCGGUACAUCUGGUCCCUUAAUGGCAAGGUGUGUGGGACCGGAGAGAGGCACAUUAUCAGGAGGCUGGCCCCGAAGGACCUGGGCAACUACACGUGCACGGCUCAGAACAGCGUGGGCCAACUGACCUCCCCCCCCAUCCAGGUGCAACUGCCCAAGGACAUUGAGCCCGUCGAGCCCAUCGAGCCCGAGCCCGUCUAUUCCCUCUCUGGAGUUCCCGCCAUCUGCCUGACCGUCGCAGGAGGGGCAGGGCUGAUCACCUUCUUUGGGUGCAUGUUGUAUGCUGGGAUCAACAAGAAAGCACUGAAAAAUGGAAGAAACAGUCGGUGUGGAUGUUUCUGAGCCUGGAACACCAGCCCUUCAGCCCAGAAGGUUCUGCAGGAGACAAGAUGACCUGGUACUCCCAUGAGGAUGUAGAACAUUUUGUUGUGAUACACACAAUCAAAGGUUUUAGUAUAGUCAAUGAAGCAAAAGUAGAUGUUUUUCUAGGACUCUCUUGUUUUCUCCAUAAUCUGAAUACUGGCAAUUUGGUCACUAGUUCCUCUGACUCUUUGAAAACUAGUUUGCUCAAAAAUUAGGAAAACACUUUUAUAUCCAAAGGAUCUGAUAAAGGCCUCAUCU